CUCAUCGGAUACAGUUCCGCCACUCAGGAGAAACGCUUCACUUGUUCUGUGGAGGGAUGCAAUAAGAGAUAUAAGAAUCUGAAUGGAAUGCGAAGUCACGCGAAGGUCGUUCAUGGUGCAGACACUCACGCCGUCAGACCAUAUCGAUGUUCAUGCGGCAAAAGUUACAAGACAGCGACUGGCCUACAGAACCAUGUCACGUCAUCGCGCCAUCUUCCGCAGACACCGACCGGACUGACGGCGACUGUGUUCAAGAACGAGUACUCGCGAGCAUCGCCGUCAUCUCGCGGCGUUAAGUCUUCAGUGUCGUUGUCAAAGUCGUAUGAUGCUGGGGCAUCGGUGUCCUCUUCAACAGUAAUGAAAAUCGCUCCUGGGGUUAGUCAGAGCGGGGGCAGGUUUCAGAGCAACGGAGGCACACUUGUCAGCGGCACUUCCAGCGUCGGUAUCCACGUACAAGUGCAACAGGGCAGCUAUGGCACACCGUCGGCGAUGCAUUCUCAACAGCAGCAAAUGUCCCCCUUGUCCCCCUUGCUGGCCGUGACAAGCGGUGAACACGGCGGUCAGGGUAGCCUUGCGUCACCCGCCCCGAGAUUCGGCUCGAUUAAAAACAGUUACAGCGGGUCUUCGAGGAACCCUCGUCGUCGCGUCACCACUCCCUUGCCACAGCAGCACGUGUCCAACAUCGUCAUUCAAAACCAAAACACUCCUUCUAAGAUUGUCGCCGCGGGUGUCAGCUCCAAAGGCUUCGGCAAUGAAAGUUUUACCACUUACGGCGAUUCCAACUGUAACGCUUUUUCUAUGGGGAACAUGCGCAUUUCAUCACCAAAGCGUUAA